AUGGACGAGCCCCUCUUCACUGGGCUGGUAGAAAGUUUUGUUAGACCAAGGAGCGAGUAUCAAUGCCUCCGACUUGAACAAUACUACCCUAUUGUCAUACUUAAUAACCUAGCUAUCAACAGUAUGACAGCAGCCGAGGCUUUCCCGAGGAAAAGAGGGGCCAAAAUAGAGGGGAGCAGGGGCGCUUUCAAGAAGGCUUAG